CAUCGUUGACAGACCAUACGUCGAGGAUCAUCACUUUGGAUACCUAGAGGAUGGCAAUGUUUUCCACUUGGUUCACACGAAUGCCUAUGGAGGCAGGAAUGGUGUAUACUUCGGAUCCCUGUAUGCACCUUCGUCCAUAAUGCGGCCCGUCGAUUACAGCCUGGUGAGAACUGAUGAUGUCACAGUAGCAGGGCCUGCACGACUCUAUAUUGGGAGCGGGCCGAUUUGUAUGCCUGUUCUAGCCAAGUACCACAUUCCGUCUCUGGUCUUUGUGAGCGACGAUGACGCCUGUGAGGUUCACGUCUCCGAAGCUGAUUUAGAAUGCAAAGAAAGCAAGGGACGUGGAUUUGCAGUUACACUGAAGCGGCACAGAGUGACAACGUACCGCAUUGCAGAUCAUUUCAAGCACAAAAUUGUUCAAGAUUUCCAAAUUCCGGACACGCCCCCGCUUGUCUCCGACAUAAGAGACGCGUGGAGCAAGUGCCCUGAGCUGACCGGUGGCAAGGGGUCCUCCCUCGCGGUGCUCCAGUCCAUCGCCACCCAGCUGCGGACAUUUUCAGUUCCUCGUGGUUUCGUGGUAACUACGGCAUCCUACAAGCUUCUAGCCUCGGCUGUACAGUUCCAAGUUCUUGUACAGCAAAUAGAACGGGCGAGAGUCAGGAAUGUCAGAGCGUCCGUCCUGAAAAAUGUCUGCCACAAGGUGGUCGCUGCCAUCGAGAAAUUGAAAACCCCGGGAGAAGUUGAGGAACAGAUAUUCCUUCGCCUGAGCAAAUUUGAACAGGGCACAAGAUUUGCCGUCCGGUCUUCAGCACUGGGGGAGGACUCCGAGCACAUGUCAGCUGCCGGGCAAAUGACAACUCUACUUGGAAUUCCAACAGCGAAGAAAGUAACUGAAGCUAUGAUGAAAUGCUGGGCAUCGCAGUUCAGCUUCAAUAACCAGAACUACAAAAAGCAAUACGGCCAACUACUAAAUGUGCCCAUGGCGGUCGUCAUCCAAGAAAUGGUUGACGCGAGCGCGGCUGGAGUGAUGUUCACCUGCGAUGCCGUUUCCGGAAAUCCAGAGUUUAUUACGGUGACGGGAAAUUACGGACUGAGAGAGUCAGUGGUGCCGGCUUCGACUGAACCGGACACGUUCGUCCUCAGGAAGGCCGGAAACCUGAGGCCCUUCAUCGAAUCAAAAGAGCUCGGUCACAAGUCGGUCUACACCACCGUAUCUGAAGGUGAUGGCGUUGUAAAGCUACCUGUGGCCGAAGGGCGAUCGCAGGCUGCUUGCAUGUCGGACGAAGAAGUGGAAACGUUGGCUUACAUUGGUGCGCAGAUCGAGGAAACAUACACUACGCCUCAAGAUAUCGAGUGGGCAAUCUGCAAAGGAGAGUUUUUCAUGCUCCAGUGCAGAGCAGUCACAACUUUCUUCAGGGAGUCUGACUACGAGAUGAUGCACGAAUUUGACAAUGGCCUCAAGUCCGAGAAGGAAGUCUUGAGCAAGGCCAACAUCUCUGAAGUGCUAACGGGAGCAACGUCCCCUUUAGGCCUGUCUUUCAUCCGUGUCGCCUUUGACGCCUACUGCAGGGAACUGGGUACAAAACUGGCGCUCAUGUACAGUCCAGACCCAACUCAGUACGUCCCUCUAUGGUUGCUGCAGCAGCGCUACAACUUCUUCCUCUGGCUGACCGACGGUACGAGACGCGCUGGCCAAGCUGCCACGCUUCUCGACAAAGCUGUAAUGUUCAGUACACUAGGACAAGACGCACGCGAAGAAGUCAACGCUGGCGUCCAGAGAACACGCCUGUGCGACAAGACCAAGCUGCCUUUGCAAAUCUACCAUACUCUAAAGCUGCUGUUCACCGUCGACAAGGGUCUCGAUAAAAUUGCCUCCAAUGCUACCAGCCUAUGCCUUUCGGUAGACGGAAUGACAACUGCAACGCAGAUGUACCACUACCUCGGCUCCAACCUUCAUCACCUUCGAGAACCAGCUUCAAUUCAGGUCGGCGCAUUCGCCUCUUCCUUGAUCUACAACCUUAUUAUUCUUCAAGUACUUGGCACUAGUAACGGAGACCUUAACAUGCAGGUGUUCUCCGAAUUGUCUAAAAUAUUACUCGGUGGUGACGUAGAGAGUGCCGAAGUGCCUAGGAUGAUGCAGAAGCUGGGCUCGUUGCUAAGAGAGUCACCGGACAAGACCCACUUCCUCAAUAUGAGCGUUGAGGCACAGUGA